AUGAUGAUAAUUGAUGAGAUUUAUGAAAUUGAGAUUUUUCAAGUGAUAUAUAAGCAUAAUACUAUUCAUUUACUUCUUAAAUAUGAAAUGAAAUAGUUGAUAGAAUGUUCCAAAAACGGAUUAGAAGCAGAUUUUAUCUAUCAAGUAAAAUUGUUUAGCAAAAUAAUUUUUGGAAUAGACUAUGAAAAAUUUGAGACUGAGACGUUUAGAUAUAUAAGUAAUUAAAGUGAAGAAGGAUAAUUUAAAUCUUUUAAAAUUUAUAUAAUACUUAAGAGAAAAUUGUUUUAAUAAUCUGAAAAUAUGAUGAAUUUUGCCCAUAAGAAAAUUUAAGAAAGAAAAGCAUUUCUCUCAUAUAUAUAAAAAUUCUAUUAUUGUGGUCUAAUUUGGUUCUCUGUAACUGGUUGUAAAUAUUAGAAAGUCUGUGGACGCCUUAUGAAUUCAUCCAAAAAGAAGCAGCUCCUCAAUAAUUUAUUAUAACUUACAAGAAUAACAGGUUGUAAUUUAAACCUUAUGAAUCUAUAGAGCCAGAAGCUGUAGUAAACCAAAUUUAAUUACGCAUUUCAUAAUCUAUGAUGAAACAUUCAAUAUAAGCAGAAUUGCUUGUAGAAAAGUAAAUGUUUGGGGAAAUCUAUCCUUUGUCAAAAAAUGAUAUGAAUGAUAAAUUGUGUAAAGAAAGGGUUAAAGCAGAAAAAAGUUUUCAUAAAGAGCAAUAGAUCUUUAUAAAAAUGAACUUUAUAUGA